UCGCAAUUCCUCUCCAUUUAGAAUUUUAGAUAAGCAUCGCUCCGCCUCUUCGCCUACGUAUAAGCGAAGCUCCUGUUCAUUUCACAUACCCCGCUCUCGCCACGACCGUGUGCGCGCUCCAGCCUCCAGGGGUAGCAAAGCACGCAAGAAUCGUCGCCAGGGAGGAGGAAGACGAGGAGGACCGCCAUGGCUAGCGUGGUCAUCGAGACCCACGACGCCGCGGUGGUCGGCGGCGCGGACGUGGUGUUCUGCGUCAUCAUCCUGUGCAUGUCGGUGCUGUCCCUGGUCAUCUUGGCGGCCUCCUCUGCCGUCGGCAGCGGCGACGGGGAAGGGGAAGGGAAGCGGCGGCGGCGCUCCGGCUCCCGCGGGAACGGGCCGGUGUUCGUGGGCGGCAGGGGCUGCGCCUGCGGCGGCUGCCGCGCCGGCGCCGGCGUCUGCGGUACUUACCUCUCGUGAUCACCGCCGACCGUGCAGGCGCCGAGCGCGCUCCACAUGUACAUACAGCAUGGACGCACUUACAGCAGUAAGGAGGAGCAUCGAUCGGGGUCGGGGCUCUCGCCAGGCCUGCGCAUGGCUACUCGUUCUUCUUUCUUCUCUGUCUGUGCAUAUUACUACUGAUAGCUGCACAUCAUGUGAUGUGAAUAAUCUGCAAGAACAUGGAGUGUUUUAUCUGUUCCUUGAAUAAUCAUCGAUCCAUGUGCGAUCCGAUGCUUCUUCUA